AAUCAAGCUGGUUUACAAAUUCUGCCGCUUGCGAUUAUUUAGAAGAAACGAAAUAUAGAGACUACGAAAGUAAUCAUGAUGAUGAAGAAAUUUCUGGUUUUGGUAGUCAUGUUAGUCAUCCUUCUUUUUGGUGCAAAUGCUCAUGAUGGCUAUGCAACUCUAAACACGAUAUACAGUCCCUCGGCAUGUUACGGUAACGAUACCCCAUUGGGACUCAUUGCUUCGGCAAGCCCUCAAAUUUGGGACAACGGGAAUUCAUGUGGGAGAAGAUACAGCGUAACUUGCACCGAUGGUACAAAUCUGGGCACACCGCAUCCUUGCAAUGGUCACACGGUUGAAGUUGAAAUCGUUGAUUAUUGUCCUCAUUGUAAGGGAACUUUCGAUCUCUCACAAGAGGCAUUUGCUGCCAUUGCUGAUACUGAUGCGGGGUUCAUUCGGAUUGACUAUCACCGAAUUUGAAGUCAUCACAAGAAGGGAAUUACUUGUUGGGAUCAUAAAGCUAACUUUUGGCCUCGGGGAUUUUCUUUCCUUUUUUCUUUUUUUUUUUUUUCUGACUAAUGUUGUACUCUUUUGUUAUUGGCUUCAGUUUCUUCGAGG